GAAUGAAGCAACAACGUGGUAACGUGGUUGCGGACGGAAACGUGGUUCUUUUCGAUUUCUCGCGUUAUUGGACAUCCAGGAAAACUUACAAAAUAAACAAUCAAAAAAAAUUCCCAACGCCAAUGAAUCAUUUUGUUGUGAGGAAAAUGAGCACGCAUGGUGAAGUGAGAGGACAAUGUAGAAAGUGUAAAUGAUGAGAUGAGAGCCCCGCAACAGUUGUUGUGGUGUGAGAUAUUUUUGCUGUAAAGUGCAAAAGAAGAAGAAGAAAAAUAGAGCAAGCACAAGAAGAGGCGAAUCUUCUGCUAUGCUUGGCCCCCCUCAUCUCAUUUAGGGAAGUGAGUGCCAAGUGAGUGUGCGAGUGCGUGUGUUUGUAAGGCCCCCUUAACUUUAGUGUGUGCGUCUGGGGAGACAGAGCAUUGAGUGCUCAUUGGGGAUCAGUGGCGGACAAAGUGUAUCAUUGUGAAAUAUCGAGUGGCCACGUGAAGACACAACGUAUUCGUGUCGAUCGGUCGAAUUGGUUUUUGGAAAAUUCUUAUUGGAAACGGUAAAAGGCCUAGAAAAGUAGCGGAUAAACGAACAAGCCCAACAGUAACAACUUGAAAAUUAUGUGACGUUAAAAAUUAAUCGAGCGUAACACUAUUAAAAGAAGAAGAAGAACAAGAAAAUUAAACAACAACAACAAACGAAAAAAAAAACCAAAAGAAUUAAAUGUUGCAAUACAAAAAUUGAGAAGCUAAUCUAACUGCUACAGUUUGCUUUGGGAAAAUUCCAAACGGUUUGUAGCAAAGUGCAAGUGAGUGUGAGCGAAUUUAGGGGGAUCAACUGGGAAACUACACAAAUUUAUACAUUUUUUGAGUUGAAAUUUUUGAUUUUCUUACAAACUUUCAGUGUCUACGUAAUUUAAAAAAUUAUAUUUUUUUUAAUUUAUUUUAAAUAGCUGAAAAAUAUAAAAGAACCCCAUAUCUUUGGUUUUGUGUUCGUAGACAUUGCUAAAAGCGUGUGCCAGUUCGUCCGCACGCAUGUCUGUCCGUCCGUCCAUUUGACUAACGUUCUGUCAGUUAGUAGCAGGCCCAAAGUGCUUUCAGAUGAGUGACUGUGGAAGUGUGUUUUGUGUCGUUGCUGCAGUCAAUGCCGCCGCUGCCAUCCACUAAGUUCAUACGGCUUGUCUCGCGUUUCUGUGUGUGUUUUUUUUAGUGAGGGAUUUUACAUACGACCCAUCUCCCCCCUCCCCCUAUAGCACAGCCCCAACAGCAGCCAAAAUAUCAUCAUAGCCUAAGGCAACAACUACAACAAAAUCACAACAAAAUAUAACAGCAGACAGUUGUAGUAGCAGCAACAGCAGAAAUACGGCUAUCGACAAAAUUUUCAUCAACCAGAAAAACAAAAAAACAGAAAAACUCAUCCUCUUCACCGCCUCAACAACAGAAAAAUUGUCAUCGUUCAGCCAAGCGACAACAACAACAAGAAGAAAAAAAAUUAAAAGAAAAUCAAGAGAAAUAUUUAAAAAUAACUGCAGUUUUUAUAAAAACCGAAACGAAACAAAAACCAAAACAGAGCAACACAACAACAACAACCACAGCGAAAAUAAAAUAACAACAACUAUAAAAGCCAUGUAGAGAUUUUCUUUCCUCUUCUUGGGGCUGCUAGCAUAUGAGAGGAAAACAAAGUUUGUGUUACAUGUAAAAAAAGGCUGAAAACCAAGUUAUGAGAAAAAAAUAAAUAAAAAAUUUUUAAAAAUUUAAAUUUUUUUUUCAAAUUCUUCAAAAAUUCAAAUUACAGUGCCUAAAAAAAUGUUGCAAAUUUUGAAAAUAUAAUUUAUUUUGUAAUAUUUAUACCAAGAGUGAGUUUUAACUUCAAAGAAAAGAAAUUUUUCGAUUUGAAACUUAUUUUUCACAAUGAAGCUGUGGAAAACCAAAAAACCCAUCAGCUGUGUUUCGGGCCGCAGCGGAGCUCUAAAGAACGAUGAAAAACAUGACUCCACCAAUGGUGCUAUGCAAUUGGCUCCUAUGUUGUCCGUCGAUCGUGCCAUGAGUCCUGCCCAAUCAGAAGACUCGGGACUGGCGCCCGACAGGGGCACCACAUAUGCCACCAUAACAUUGCCACGUGAUAAUACCACAAAUAUGGGAAUAACAUUAGCAGAACGCAACGACCUUUCGUAUCCACCUGUUAUCGCAACGCUCAGUCCAUUGGGUCAUGCUGCGGAUUUCCUAGCGCCCGGCGAUCGUCUACAUCAAAUCGAUGGCAUCUCCACCAUUGGCCUUACGAAUCAGCACAUCAUGAGCAUGCUGUGUGGCGGUGGCUCAGCAGAUGGUCCUGCAGUUGUUGAAAUUGAAUAUUCCCUGCCCGAAUACAUUUCCCAAAAUAGUUUAUGUGUUACAUCAAAGUUGGCUCAAAUAACAGUGGAACGGGAAAGCGGUUGUCUGGGUCUAACACUGCGCGGAGGUGGAGAUUAUCCGCUGAUUGUGACACAUGUGCGGCCACAUGGACCCGUAUAUAAAACGGGCAGGAUAAAGCCAGGAGAUCGCUUGCUAAGAGUGGACAAUGUUUCACUUAUUGGCAAAACCUUGGCCGAGGCACAACAAAUCAUAAAAUGUGGUGGCCACAUUUCGGGUUAUACAAAUCUCACCAUCGAAUAUGAUGUCUCGGUGGUGCAGAGUGUAGAAUUUUCAAUGGGCCCAUUGCUAAUCGAAAUCGAGAGACCCAUGAAUGACAAAUUGGGAUUGGUGUUGUGUAAUUAUAAUUCAGCCGCUGCUGGUCUGGCGGAUCAUACGAAAAUCGAUGAGGUCAGUCAGGCAGGUGUCUAUAUAGCCAGUAUUUUGCCAGCGAGCAUAGCGGAUCGAUGCGGUGCUCUUUCAGUUGGCGACCAAGUACUUUCCAUAGAUGAUAUCAACAUAGAAAAUUCUUCGUAUACACCGGAUGAGGUUAUGACCAUCUUGGAUACCAGUUCAGGAAGGGGAUAUACACAAAUGCAAAUAAUGCCCGCCCAUGCACUGGCGCGAAGAGGCCACGGCACUUUGAAUAGUCCCAAAUACGGUUUCAACACUUUGGAGUCACGCAAAUCUCGCCAGCGUCAACGUUUUACACGCAAAAGUUCUCUGCCCCUGGAAUCGGGAGGAGGAGGCGGAGGCGCGGCGGCCACAAACAGUACAGCAAGUGCCGCUGGCAGCAGUGGCAGUGUCAGCGGUCCCAGCAGCAGUGUUAGUGGCAGCAGUCUGGGGGCCAGUGCCACCACAAGCAGCAGCACCACUUCCGGCCUACAUCAUUCGUCGAGCAUGGGCAUUUGCCGUGCCGAAACAUUUCCGGUGCUGUUGGAUUGCAGCAUGGGUUCUGGUUUGGUUUUGGGAUCGCAGACACCUUGCGGUCGGGCCGUUACGAUAGCAAAACUAUUCCCCGACUCGGUGGCCGAUCGGUGUGGCUGCAUCCAAAAGGGUGAUCGCAUAGUGGCCAUUAAUAAAAUGUACAAUCUGGAGGUGCAGACCAUGCGCCAGCUAUUGGGCGACAUGGGUCCUAGGCCACCACACAGUCCUGCAAAUUGGUUGGAGCUGGAAAUUGAAUUCGAUAUGCCAGACACGGUGGUGCCCUCUAGCGGGGUUUUCAAUGUCAAGGUAUUGCGCGUGGGCAAAGCUGGUCUGGGCCUAAGUGUAAGCGGUUCUAGUCAUGGAGGCUUUGUUAUAUCCGAUGUUAAGCCAGGAAGUCCAGCACAUCGCACGGGGUCUCUGCGUACGGGGGACAUACUUUUGGCCAUCGACAAUCAUCAAGUGCAACAUUUCAAUGUGGACUCUCUCUUAAAAGAUGGCUCUCAGGGCGAUUUUUCCACACUGACUGUAAAACGGGUCAUGCUACCGGAUUUCCUUUUUGAUGCCCAGCAAAAGAUACCCAACCAUAUAUACAGCAACUGUCCCAGCAGUCCCACCGGGGAUCAUGAUCUGUACAGCAGUGCCUAUGUGGCCAAUAAGUAUAACGAAAUGAAAUACAACAAUGAUUGUUUAUCCAUGAAAUCCACCACACCGCAGCCUGAAUAUUUUCGGGGACCUACAUUGGAGGAUAAUACCUUGACCUCAGUGCAGAUAAGACAUCAUUUGGCCGCACCUAAUUGGGCCAACGUUGGGACAAUGGGGCGUUCCUUUAAUCAAAAUACGCAAAGUUUGACAACAGAGUUGCCAGAGGAUGAAAAUAACUACAAUGACUUUGGGGGCUACGAUUUGGACAGAUAUGCCAGUGUUGAUUGUGCCACUCUACCACCGCCCAUGGAAAAUAAGGUCUAUGGCUCUGCGGCCAGUUCGCAAAGCAGUAAAAGUAGUGGCAGCUUACAUCAGAUUAUAUUCACCGUCCGUCUGGAACCCAAGGGAGGACUUUUGGGCAUAACGUUAGCCGGCAGUGAGGACAUUUCCAAACCGAUAACGAUAAGUGGCAUAGUGGAAGGUGGCAUUGCCCACAAAAACGGUCAAAUUCUCAUAGGAGAUCAGCUGCUGGCUAUCAACGCCGAAUCCGUACAAGGAAUGCCCCUAUCACAUGCCACAAAUCUUCUUCAAAACCUGGGUGAUGUGGUCGAUUUGAAAAUUCUACGUGCCCAUGAUGUGCAGAAUAGUUUCGGUUCAGCAACCACGGAUUCCAACAAUUUGCCCCAACCUCAGGCCAUAUAUGCCAAAGUUCAACGGAGACCCCGAAGUCCUUCGAGCAACACAGAUAAUGGCUCAACAAGUGGCAAAGCGGAAAAACAAAGGGUUUUCCAUGUUACCCUGUUCAAAGAUAAAGUAUACGAUGAUUAUGGAUUUUCAGUGUCGGAUGGUCUCUACGAACGUGGUGUGUUUAUAAAUCGCAUACGUUCGGGUGGGCCGGCAGAUAAAUGCGGAAUGUUGAAACCAUUCGAUAGAAUAAUGCAGGUUAACGAUAUGAAAACACAAGAUUUCGAUUGUUGCCUUACCGUGCCUUUGAUAGCUGCUGCUGGCGACAAAAUUGAAAUGAUUAUUCAACGGACCGAAUAAAGAACGAGCUUAAAUUGAAGACGGCAGCGGCAGUGCCUUUUUAGCAAUAGAAUUAAAAAUGAGAAUUUACAUCCAUUCAUAAAUAUUAUUUAUUGGGUAUACAGAACAAAUGUGAAGAAGAACUUUAUAAUUAUAAGUAAUAUAUUAAUAUAAGCCAUCCCCAUAUAUUAAAAUGGACUAACCAAAUAAUUGAUUGAAUAAAAGUGAGUGAUUAAAAUAUUUAUUGA